UUAGAAUUUCUACAUCAUCAGUAGUAGUGCUCCUGAUGGGAAUCAACUGUUCCAACAGAGUUCAUAACCACACACCAGUAAAAGAAGUGGUUCCCAGGUUGGACAAUGAAAAAUAUUAUACCUUACCAAUUUCAUUCCAAACCCGAACCUCUGGGGAGAGAAUGACAGUAGAUGUUGGUAUUUGGGAUGUGCGUCCGUUCAAUAUGACACCCCUCACUCCACUGGUUGUUGUUGUCCACGGAACACCAGGAUCCUCCCAGAACUUUGAAGACAUAGGAAGAAAACUGGCAGGCCAUGAUAUCAGAGUUGUGGGAUUUGAUUUCCCUGGGGAGGGUAAAAGCAGACUUUUACGACAGGAUAUAUACCGCCUUGACCACAGCACAGAAGGCAAAUAUCAUAUGCUGACUACCGUACUGGAUGCUUUAGCUAUCACUAGGUAA